AUGUCCAAAGAUUCCAGCGUGGCGCGUUCCCAUGCGGAGCAUAACUCCGAUAACAAGUCAAAAGUGGAAGACGACUUAAUAUCAGUCGCAGGCAGCAAUUGCAGCUCCACGAAAUCGAAUAAAAAGAGUCUUUAUAGCAGUAAUUCGAAUGUCCAUCAGUUGUUGGCACGAAUAGCGCAGGAAAUUGAUGAACAAAAGCCCAAGAACGUUAUACAUUUCAUCGUGGAUUUUUUAUGCAAGCACUACCCGGAGCACUUGCACGGAUUUGAGGCCAUAUGGAAUGGAGAUCCAGAUUUGGAACAAGAACGAAUCCUCGUCGUGGAGUUUUUCAAGCAGCAAAAAUUACCAGUUGAAAUAUCUGUCCAUUUUGUGAAUGCAGGCUUCGACACUGUUGAGACGUUAUGUACAUUAUCUACCAACGCUCUUGAUGACAUUGAAAAAUUUAACAACACGAGAUGGUUACCUGGACAUAAGGUGCGACUACAACAAACCUUUAACGAUAUUACGAACCGAGUUCGGAUCUUCAAAGAGCAAAGAGAUGACCUGGUAAAAUAUGUGAAGCAUCGAUUUGUGGGUAAUGCCACUCCACAACUAGUCAAUUCUGUUGUCGUUCCUAAAGUGUCAAGCCCUAUGAUAUUACCAGCUCACCCCCAUACUCACCCACCAUUUGGUGUUUCCACUAGAGGGGGAAAUUAUAUAGCAGUGGAUAAAAUGGUACAUCCUCCGUAUUUUUACAAGAGGUAA